CUUAACAUGGGAAGCUAAGUAGUAUCUGUUUCAUAUCAUUCAAAGGCGAAAGCUCUCUGCCAGUCGCUGUUAAACUCUCAUAUUUAGGAGUACAUAGAGAGGUACUCGGCCACCAUUUUUGACACCGAGGAGUUGCGUGUUUUUGUAAAUAUCGCGCUACUUGGUUGCUCGUUAGCGUGUCUGUGUGAGCCUAGCUUGUUAGCUAAGCUAGCGUAGCUUAGCGCUGGAGAUCUGCUAGCUAGCUUGUUUCACAGCAGCUGUAGCUCCAAAUCAAACCAGGCUGUCAUUAAGAAAGCAACACGGUGCCGUUUGGAGUUUAUUUAUGCUGCAUAUCAAAGUGUGACUGAAUGUGUGCUGAUAGAAAGAGCAGCAGCUACAGCUAGCACAGUGUUAGCAUGUCCACAGCAACAACAAUGGGCUUUAAAAGGGGUUUUAAAAAUGCAAGAUCUGUUUAUUUGUUGACCAUUCUGCUGAUAGUCUUCGUCAAAGCAGUAUCAGCUGAUGAAGAGCAACAGGGGGAUGACGGACCAGAGCUGAAGUCCUACCACGAUCCAGACGCUGAAGAGGAAGACGUCCGCUUGGCGACAGAAAUUGCGGCCGGUGCCUCGGUGACCUCUGGUCAGGAAGUCUCCCAGCCAGAGGAGGAGAAACAGUCACCUGUGGAUCUACUGGAGGGGGAGGAGAAGGAGGACCUGCCUGAGCAGCCUCCUCCAGUCGAAGAGAAACCUAAAGAGGUUCCAGUGGUGAAUGGAGGUACAGCCCAUGGAGAGCCCUGCAUCUUCCCCUUCCUCUUCCAGGGGAAGGAGUACUCGGACUGUACCACUGAUGGACGGGGGGAUGGACGACUCUGGUGCGCCACGAUCUAUGACUAUGAUCGGGAGAAGAAGUGGGGUUUCUGUGAGACGGAGGAGCAGGCACAGCAGCGACUGCAGGCCGAGGAGGAUGAGGAGCAGUAUCAGACUGUCCUGCGGAUGCUCAAUGCCACCAACAGGAGGACCCAGAAGAAAGAAUUGUACGAAAAGCUGCUGAAAGUAGCAGAGAAAGGCCACCAGAAAGCCAUGGAGAAGGUGGCGUACGCCAUGCUGUUCGGAGACUACAUGAACCAGAACGUGACCAAGGCCAAAGACAUGUUUGAGAAGCUUGCCAUUGAGGGCUCGCCUAAAGCUCAGACGGCUCUUGGCUUUCUGUACGCAGCAGGACUUGGAGUAAACUCAAGUCAGGCUAAGGCCCUGGUUUACUACACCUUUGGCGCACUGGGUGGAAACUUAAUUGCUCAUAUGAUCCUGGGAUACAGAUACUGGGGAGGUGUGGGCGUUCCCCAGAGCUGCGAGUCAGCUUUAACACACUACAGACUGGUGGCAAACCAGGUGGCCAGUGAUGUGUCCCUGACGGGGGGCUCAGCGGUGCAGAGGAUCAGGCUGCUGGAUGAGGUGGAGAACCCGGGAUCUACCAGUGGGAUGCUGGAGGAGGACUUGAUCCAGUACUACCAGUUUCUGGCUGAGAAAGGAGAUGUUCAAGCUCAGGUGGGAUUAGGUCAGCUCCACCUGCAUGGAGGACGUGGAGUAGAACAGAACCAUCAGAGGGCGUAUGACUACUUCACCCAGGCUGCAAAUGCCGGGAACACACACGCUAUGGCUUUCCUCGGCAAGAUGUACUCAGAAGGCAGCGAGUAUCUCCCUCAGAACAACGACACAGCCCUGCAGUACUUCAAGAAGGCCUCCGACUUGGGUAAUCCAGUGGGACAGAGCGGCCUGGGCAUGGCCUACUUAUAUGGGAGAGGUGUCCCAGUGAACUACGAGCUGGCACUGAAAUACUUCCAGAAGGCAGCAGAGCAGGGCUGGGUGGACGGACAACUCCAGCUGGGCACCAUGUAUUACAAUGGCAUCGGUGUAAAGCGUGAUUACAAGCAGGCACUCAAAUUUUUCAACCUGGCCUCACAAGCGGGCCACAUCCUGGCCUUUUACAACUUGGCCCAGAUGCACGCUACUGGUACUGGUGUGAUGCGCUCCUGCCACACUGCUGUUGAGCUUUUCAAGAACGUGUGUGAACGUGGCCGCUGGUCGGAGCGUCUCAUGACGGCCUACGCCAGCUUUAAGGAGGGCGAGUCUGAUGCUGCGCUGGUCCAGUAUCUGCUGCUGGCUGAGCAGGGCUACGAGGUUGCCCAGAGCAACGUGGCCUUCGUCCUGGACCAGAAAGGAGCAAGGAUCUUCACUGAGAAUGAGACCUACCCUCGUGCUUUGCUCCACUGGUCAAGAGCUGCAGCACAAGGUUACACUGUUGCAAGGAUAAAACUAGGGGACUACCACUUCUACGGCUACGGGACAGAUGUGGACUAUGAGACAGCUGUGAUCCACUACAGACUGGCAUCGGAGCAGCAGCACAGUGCCCAGGCCAUGUUUAACCUGGGUUACAUGCAUGAGAAAGGCCUGGGCAUCAAACAGGACAUUCAUCUAGCCAAGCGUUUCUACGACAUGGCCGCUGAAGCCAGUCCCGAUGCCCAGGUUCCAGUUUUCUUGGCCCUGUGCAAGCUGGGCCUGGUUUAUACUCUGCAGUACCUGCAGGAUCUUAAUUUAAAGGAGCUGAUCACUCAGGUGGACCUGGACCAGCUUCUCGGCCCGGAGUGGGACCUCUACCUCAUGACCGUCAUCGCCCUGCUGCUGGGAACAGUCAUCGCGUACCGGCAGCGCCAGCACCAGAUCAUAGUUCCCCCUCGGCCACCUAUCCCUGCUCCAGCGCCCCCACCUAGACCUCCUCAGGAACAGUCGCCAGCCGAGGCCGAGCCCCAGGGCCAGGAAGAAACACAAGCCCAGGGCCCGGCCCAAGAGGAGGAGGAGGAGGAGCAGCAGCAGUGAGAAGAAAGCCAGACGGAGCGAGGGCAGUGAAAGACGGACAGGAGGCUCUGCCAGCCCGCCCCGUGGAGCAGCCGGUGCUUAGUAGCUGGAUACCUGCCAGUCUGAGUACCUCUCACUCCACAUGCUAAAAGAAGACUAAGAUGGCUGCAGAACUGUGCAGUCUCACAACUCCCUUUCUCCAUUUAAAAUAUGCUGGUCCUGUGCUGAAGAGAGACAGUGGGGGUUUAUGAACAAUGCUUACAGAACAGAGCGUUGAGAGGAUAACACAGACUUGGGACUUGCUAGUCUGUGACUCAGGAUACUGCCAGAAGCUCAAGUGUCCACACCAUGAAAAAAAAAAAAAAAAAAAAAAAAAACCAUGUGGUUUUCAGAUUAAAGGCAGACUAAUCAACAUAGUUGGAAUUUAAAAUGUGCAUUAGUUUCUUCUCACUUUCCCUUUUUUGAGAACAUCACACUUGGCCUCAAUCCUAAUUUAGGAACACGUGAAUUCAAAUAAUUCUAUUUGCUA